AGCUCUUUGAAUACUGCACUCCUCAGUUACUUCCCAUGAAUGAGAAGCUCUAACGAACUUGUGAAUUUUCAUGAGCUCUGAUUUGCCUGCAGAAACUUGUAUCUGAAGGUAAAGGGUAGGUACUUUUGUGGGCCAAGACACCCCUGGAAGUCUAUAGCUCUAUUUUGUCAUGGGCUGUACGUCUUUCUAAACAGACAUGUGUUUUUCCUGUCUCUCUAGCCAUGCAGGGGCCGAGGCCAGUGGUUCUGAGUGGCCCAUCAGGCGCAGGAAAGAGCACUUUGUUGAAAAAAUUGUUUAAAGAUUAUGAGAACGUCUUCGGCUUCAGUGUCUCCCAUACCACAAGGAAGCCAAGACCCGGAGAAGUAAACGGCAAAGAUUACCACUUUGUGAGCAGAGAGGACAUGCAGAAAGAAAUUGAUGCUGGUGAAUUCAUUGAGCAUGCGGAGUUCUCUGGAAAUAUGUACGGGACCAGUAAAGGUGCUGUGCAGGCCAUUCAGGCCCAGAACCAGAUCUGCGUCCUUGACGUCGAUAUCCAAGGCGUGAAGAGCAUCAAGAGGACAGACCUGAACCCCAUCUACAUCUCCGUGCAGCCUCCAUCCAUAGAUGUCUUGGAAAAAAGACUACGGGACCGGCAGACUGAGACAGAAGAAAGUUUACGGAAGCGUUUGACUGCAGCUUGCAUAGAUUUGGAACUUAGUAAAGAGCCUGGCCUCUUUGAUUUGGUCAUUAUUAAUGAUGAUCUAGAAAAAGCCUAUUCUGAAUUGAAGGAGAUGCUCCUGGAGGAAAUCAAGAAGGCCCAAGAAUCCAGGAAGUCCUGAGCUGAGCCUGCUUGGACAUUUUAACUUUGCACAUCAUUCCAGAGGCGCAUCACAGUAUUUUAUUCCAAGAGACAUUCCCUUUAGCCUGAUCCCCUUUCCAAGUUAUUCUAGAAUAUUUCUAUUAAAACAAAAGAAAAUGA